GGUACGUAACAUAGGUAUGGGUUUUAAAGUAUGCAGAAACAGCAAAAAUAUAUGGAAAAAAUAUAACGGUGUUUUUGCAGAUUUAUGAUUUAUUAAAAGGUCAAGAAUGUCAAACUUUGGCAGUCCAGAUUUUGCAGCUUUAAGGCAGGCGGUUCCAGGACAGAUGUUUGGACCUAGACAUUCAAGUCCCAAUAUUGCUGGAGCUAGUAGUCCUUUACCACCAAAUGUUGGUCCUAUACCAAAUGUUCCUCCACCUGGAUAUCCUGGUCCACACAUGCAGCUAUUUAAUCCAAUGACAAUGCCUCCAUUCCCAACUGGUACCCAAGCAAGGGCAGGACUACCUUGGGGAGCAGGGGUCUUACCCGUACAGGGACUAUCCAUGACUAUUCCCCCACCAAUACAUUUUCCUAGAAGCAUAGCACAACCUCAGAUACAGCUUCCAACAGCCAAUCAAAUUCCUGCUCAACAGCAAAUUGUCCAAUUAGAAUCUAAUGAAGUUAUGUCACGGGAUGGGGAUAAACAAGAUCAUAGGCACAGACACCGACACAAACGUGAUGAUCGACAUAGCCAUCAAGAGGACAAACAUCAUGAAAGAAAGCACCACAAAGAGAGAAAAUCACCAAAAAGCAGUCGCCAUCACAGUCAUGAACGAAAGAAGUCCUCCAGAUCAAGACACAGAAGUGACAAGAGUCACAAUGAUAAGAGUUCAAAAUCAAGAAGAGAUCACAGACAUAGACGUUCUCCUAGAACCGACGAUGAUUUAGAUGAACCAGUUGGCGUUAGAUAUGAAAGCAGAAGUGAAAGUGGUGCUGUCCUUAUUGAAGACAGGGAGGGUGCUAUACUAAUGGAGGAUAGAGAUAGUGACUAUGGAAGAGGUCAAGAUAAAUUAGAAGGUCCUGAUCAUGAUGUUGAAGAUGGGGAAAUAUAUGACGAUGGUCCAUAUGAAACAACUUAUUCAGAGAAUCAGAAUAUGGAUGCUGGUAGACAUGAAAGAAGAUAUGAAGACAGAUAUGAUAAAGAAACAAGACAUAGCAGAGAUCGAGGAAGUAGUAGGUCUGACAGAUAUAGAGGAGACAGGGUAGAAGACAGAAGAGAUGGUAGGCAUAGAGAAAUGGAGGAAAGAUCUAGUAGACAUAGAGAUGAUGGGCAAUGGAGGAGAGACGAUAGACAUAGUUCUAGAGAUGACAGAAAAGGGUAUGACAGUUAUUCAACAGUAGAUGAUCUUAUAAGAGAGGAUGAUGAGUUUCGUCGGAGUUUAGAUUAUGAAGAAUUUCCCGAUGAGUUUGAUGCUUACAAAUAUGCUGUUCCAGCAGAUACUAGAGGUAAUACAAGAACGGAUAAAUAUUCAAGAUUUGAUGAUGAGAUAAGACAUAGUAGUAUUGAAAGAAGGGAAUCUAGGUUUGAGAGGGGUCGUGGAAGAAGAGGUCAGACAGGCGCUGUGCUAAUUGAGGACCGUGAUGAUGGGGCAAUUUUGAUAGAAGAUCGAGAGCCUCCUAGUCGACGAGGGACAGUUUUACUGGAAGAUGGUGAGGAACUGGAUAAAAAAUAUGAUAAAAGAAAUAACAGUGGACAUCGUGGUGCAAGACUCAUUGAAGACAGAAAUGAAAAUAGAGGUCAUGCAAUCCUUCUAGAUGAUAGGGAGGACAAUAGAGGCCAUGCAAGAUUGAAAGAAGACAGAAGAGACCAUGGUAAUCACAUAUCCAAACCUGUUAACAACAGACAGGAAUUUAGAAGUCAUGAGUCACAUAGAGAACAUACUGAAAGAGAAAGAAAUUUGGAAAGAGAUACACAUUUUGAUAGAAAUAGAAGAAGUCACGAAAGAGGUAAAGGAAAUGAUAAGCGAGAUGGGAGAAAUACUGAAAAUAUUAAUAGAAAUCAGGAUCUUUCUACAAAAGAAGCUGCCUAUAUUGGAGAAGGACAAAGGAAUAAUAGAAGGGAGUCUGAAGAUUCUAGAAAGGAUGAUGGAUUUGAAAGGGCUAAGGGUUUUGGAAAAGGCAGGAUGCCUGGUAGAAGUGAAGAACAGAAGAGGAGAGGGGAGGCAGGUGGAGGCAGGGUAUCCGGAGAACCAGUGGAUGCACAAAGAGGACGCACCGGGGCAUUGUUGUUGGAGGAUAAAGAUGAACCUUCAAGAGAUGAAAGGCCUGUUAGCUCAGGAAGAACAGGUGCUGUGUUAAAAGAAGAUAAAGUUAAUAAAGUUGCUGCAGAUGUGGGUCAAAGAGGUUCAACAUUCCAAGGGCAAAGGUCAAAUUCUAGGACAGAUAGAAAACCAAAUGUAGUUAAACGGUCACAAGAGAGGUCAUAUGGUAAGCAAAACAACAACAGGUCAAGGUCAAGUUCACAAGCUAAACAGGAAGUUAGGGUGAAACGAGAAAGAGUCUCCAAUGAGAAUGAAGAACCAGAAAAGAAGAGAAAAAAAGUUUGGGAACCAGGACCAAAUGAUGUCAGUGUAACAAAAUGUAUAAGAAGUGGAAGCCCUGUAUUAAAAGAUGACAAUGAUAAUGACAGUAAUCGUAUAGCAGCCUGGGUAAGAUGUUCACCUGCUGAUCUCUACUUCACCAAAGAUCCUAAGACUGGUAAUAUGGUGACAACAAAACGCAUGCGUGACCUUGAACAGCGGUUUGACCAUGAACUUGUACAAAGGGCAGCUAUGGUGAGAGCUUUACAGGAACCUUACGAGCGUGAAUUACCCAAACCAAACUGGAAAAAUCAGUGUAAAGGCCAUACUCAUCAUUGUGGUCACUGUGGAGAGGAAAGUGACUGUAGUUCAUCAUCAUCGUCAUCAUCAUCGUCCGAAUCAGAGUCAGACUCGGAAGAGUGGUGGAUGGAAGAAAUGAAAUUUAAACAAAAGAACCCAUAUAGGUUACAUAAUGAGAUUUGGUACAACGACCCAAAUGAGUUGAAUUAUGGUCCGUUAUGUCGCUGCAGUAACAAGGCUAGGAAGUUUGGUAUACGUCACAGCAUCUAUCCCGGUGAAAAGCCUUUACCGCUAUGUGAUGUGAACAGUAACAACCUAGAUAAACUGUACCAUUAUCGUAUAACAGUGUCUCCUGCAAAAAACUUUAUUAUAAGUCAACCAACUGUAGUCAUGUUUGAUGGACAUGAAUAUCUGUUUGAAGGCUUCUCAUUAUUCUCUCAUAAACCCAUACCAAAGUUACCAGAAUGUCAGGUGAUCAGGUUCAAUAUUAUUUAUACAAUACAUGUUGUAGAAGAACAAGUUCCGGAGAAUUUUUCAGUUCAGAGUUUGGACAUGUUUACUGAAUAUUUAUUUGAUGAAAUCCUUGAAUUAGUGGACAUUGACUGGCGAGGUCCUGGAGGUGAAGGUCACUGUAGGAGAUUCCAUGUCAUGCCACGAUUUGCACGACCUUUUCCAGAAAAUGGCAAGGAGUUGUUAUCAAUGAAUGAUGUGCUUUUAUAUCUGCUAAAAUCCUCAAAGUCAUUACUAGAACCGUCAGAGUUACUCAAUAUGUAUGAUCUAGACAAUGAGAACUGGACCAAAUAUGUGGACAGCUUUAGACAUAUGGUAGUUACCUGUCCUGGCAAGAGACCAAGUUCUAUUAGAAUAGAUCAACUGGAUAGGUCAGGCUGUACACCUGGAGAUGGCGAGUUAAAACUUCCCUUUAUUAUACAUCAUGGUGUACGGCCACCACAGCUUAGCUACGCCGGAGACCCUGUGUAUAAGAAGAAAUGGAGAGAGUACAUGAAGUUCAGACAUUUAUUGUAUAGUAGGGCUAAAGUUCCGGAUAAUGAGAAACAGAAACUAUAUGACCUUGAAGCAGAUCUCGAGAAAAUAAGAAUGAAAUGCACAAUGAAAAGGGAAGUAACUAUUGCAGUAUCUAGUGAAGGAUUUUUGAAGACGGGUAUUAGAGCAGACAUUUGUCAGCAUGCCAUGAUAUUACCAGUAUUAUUUGAACAUCUGAGAUUCCAUGAAUGCCUCUCAGAACUAGAGAGGUCCAUUAAUUAUCAGUUUAAAGACAGGUCACUUCUCCAGUUGGCUAUGACACAUAGUUCAUACAAGAUCAAUUAUGGAACAAAUCCAGAUCAUGGUCGGAACUCAUUGUCAAACUGUGGUUUCCGACAGCUCGAGUUUGGUGAUCAUAAAACUGUCACACAGCACAUGAGAAAAAGAGGUCUGAACAUAUUGUUGAGAAUAAUGGCUAAGAUGGGUCACAAGGAAGAGAAGAGAUCCGAAAUACCACACAAUGAGAGGCUGGAGUUUCUGGGUGAUGCUGUGGUGGAGUUUGUUACAAGUACACAUCUGUACAACAUGUUUCCGCAGGCAUCAGAAGGUGACCUGACCUUGUACCGUGGAUCUCUAGUCAAUAAUGCUCACCUAGCCAUUCUUGCUGAUAAACUUAAGCUGCAAGAAUAUCUUUUAUAUGCCCAUGGCCCUGACCUAUGUCAUGAUAGUAAUCUCAAACAUGCAAUGGCCAACUGUUUUGAAGCCCUGAUGGGGGCAUUAUAUCUUGAUGGUGGAAUAGAACUAGCGGACAGGGUGUUUUCUAGAACGUGUUUUCAAGAGGAGGAUCUUCUAGAUACCUGGGUAAAUUGUCCGAAACAUCCUUUAGUAGCAGAUGAGCCUGAUGGGGACAGACACUGGAUAGAACAAAGUCAUGUUUUACAGAAACUGGUACAGUUUGAAGAUGACAUUGGUUAUGAGUUUAGACACAUACGUUUAUUAGCUAGAGCUUUCACACAGAGAAAUGUUGGAUAUAACAAUCUUACAUAUGGACAUAAUCAGCGUCUAGAGUUCCUGGGAGAUACAAUAAUGCAGCUGAUCUGUACAGAUUAUCUCUUCAAACAUUUCCCAGAUCAUCACGAAGGACAUCUUACUUUGUUAAGAAGUUCAUUGGUAAACAACAAAACUCAGUCAACUGUUGCCACGGAGCUAGGAAUGCCAGACUUUGUCAUUAAAGUGAAUAUGACAAAAGCUGAGAAACCUCUCACCAAUAUAGAUCUGAAAACUAAAGAAAAGGCUGAUCUGCUCGAAGCAUUGUAUGGUGCCCUGUAUGUAGAUGGUGGCCUGGAACCAUGCCAGAUACUAACAGAUAUAUGCUUCUUUCCUAGAUUAGAGGACUUUAUAGCAGACCAGGAAUGGAAUGAUCCUAAGUCGCAGCUACAGCAAUGUUGUCUUACAUUACGAGAUAUGAAUGAUGACAGCCCAGAUAUACCCAUUUACAAGGUUAUCAGGAAGUAUGGACCAACAAAUCUACGGAAGUAUAUGGUAGCAGUGUAUUUCCGAGAAAAGAGGCUCGCAGUGGGUGUGGCGGGAAGUAAACAGCAGGCCGAGAUGGUGGCAGCAGAAACUGCUUUAAAAGAAUACCAAGGAUUAUUCCACAGAAGUGUAUACCCUUCAAGAGCCAAAAAUAAGGCUGUGAUUGCAGCAUUUAGAAAAGAAUUCCAGCAUGAGAAACAACUCCAAUCAUCUGAUGUAGACACAGCAAAAAAUUGACUCUUUUUGUUGACAUUUGUAUAAAAACCAACAGAGUUCUGUCGGAACUAGAGCUGAACAUAUUGGAAACACCAUGCUUU